GUCGACUUUUGUAUGUCGAUUAAAAAGUUUGUAAAAAUCUAGUCGAAAAUAUUUCUAUUUAUUUUAUUUAAACUCGACGGAUAGGGUCUAGAUAAAAAAAAAAAUUAAAUGACGUAAUGCCGAACGUGUUAUUGUAUGUUUGUUUAUAGUUGUAACUAUCGGUUGGGUAACGGGGAUUCCUCGUCUGUAUCAUGCGGUCAAUUCGCAAUAUUUGCGUCUCGUUCGCACAUCGCAAUACAGAGUAAGACAUAAUAAGCUCAAAGGACAUAAGAUUAUAUUCUUGGCUGAACUAUCAAAUUUACUUUAACACAGACCGUCGAGAGGCUUGUACGCUUGCAAUUAUGAGAGCGAAGACUAUUAUAACUUUAUUUGCUGCAUUAACAUGUAUAUUGAAUUCAAUUAAAGCUGAUUGCAACGUGGUAACUAAGAAGGACUGGGAUGGGUUAGAAGCAGUGCGAGUCAACUACAUGGCGAGGCCUGUGGAUCUUGUGAUAAUCCAACACACGGUUUCACCUUUCUGCAAGACGGACGCACGCUGCGCAGAGCUGGUCAGGAAUAUACAGAACUACCAUAUGGACACAUUGAACUUGGACGACAUUGGCAGCAAUUUUUACGUCGGCGGCAAUGGCAAAAUCUACGAAGGCGUUGGCUGGCUCCACGUAGGAGCUCAUACGCGAGGAUAUAAUUCCCGCUCUAUUGGAAUAUCUUUCAUUGGAAAUUACAACAAUGACACACCCACAACCGAGCAGUUGGACGCUGUAAAGGCACUCAUCAAAUGUGGCGUGGACAAGGGCCACUUGAUCGCCGAUUACCACGUGGUUGGACAUAAACAGCUCAUCGCCACCGAGUCUCCAGGCAGGAAGCUCUACAAUAAGAUUAGGUCUUGGCCUCAGUGGAUGCAAGAUGUCAGCUCUCUUAAACAGUGAAGUUUUAGCUUUCUUUUUUCAAUCAAAUAAAUAUUUUAAAGAUUUUGUCAAUGCACAAUAUGUACUCUUAAUGUCAUCAGAAGCAUUGUGUAUUAUUCGCUUUUAAUCUACUUUAUGUGUUUAUUUUCGAAAAAUAAAAAGACCUCUCUAGAGAUUUUAAUAUAGGAUAAAAAUAUGUGUAAUAAUUAAAAAUUCCAGCAUAUAUACAAGU